UUCUAUCAACGUCAACUACUGAUAGUAAUAACAUUGACAGAAAUAUAUAUUGCUUGCUCGCUCGACGUCUUUCUUGUUGUUUGUUCUGCACUGCAUCUGCAUUUUUUGUCGUCUUGGCAGAAUGCAGAUGAGCCGUAUAGGCUCGCCAUCGAUCGCUAUGGAAGAGGACACGGGUGCGGGACACGUCUUGAGCGAUUUUCUUCUGCAGCUGGAGAACUACAAUCCUUCAAUCCCGGAUUCCGUGGUGGCACACUAUUUGAACAUGGCUGGUUUCGAAUCACAGGAUCCUAGAUUGAUCCGGCUAAUAGCUCUAGCAUCGCAAAAGUUCCUCUCAGACAUUGCUAACGACGCUCUUCAACAUUGCAAAAUGAGAACUUCAAGUCAGCUUACUCAGAGCACCAAAAACCAAAAGGGACCCAAGGAGAAGAAAUAUGUUAUGACAAUGGAAGACCUAGUUCCUGCAUUACAAGAAUAUGGUAUUGUAGCAAGAAAACCUCACUAUUUCGUCUGAUUUAUAGAUUAAGAAAUUAUGAAUUAAUGUAAGUCAAAUAACAAAUUUUGUACUAGUAUGUUACUACAGAUGCAAACUGAUGACUUGACAUCAAUGUGCAUGUCUCUCAACAAGUGCAUGUGUACCUGUAAAAUACACUCGGUUUUUUUCUUACGAGUCCCAAACAAUCUCCGCGGUACUUAUUGUUGAAUGUUAAUCAAUUAUUACUUGAAACCAAUACAUUCGAAAGUAUUUAUUUAACCACGAAAGUAAUUUCCUAAAUUAAAAUAAUUUUCACUGCUGUUAAAUAACAAUAAGACCCUGGUGAGAUUGUUUACAUAAGAAGUCUAGUAAGAAAAAACGGAGUUGCACUAAUUUGUAUAAGACGCAAAUAACCAUGGGAGUAAAAAAAUAUUUUUUACGCAAUAAACCUGAUGUGCAGAAUACCAGAA